AGGGGCCAAAAAUGCUUUUUAGCCAUUUAUAUAUAUAUAUAUGAGUGGUUAAUACAUAGGUAGAUAAUAGAGGAGUGCUUAAUGAUGUAUUGAUAAAACUCAAGGGGGGUAGAAAAGAUAAAACUCAAGGGAGGAAAUGAGUUGACAAAACAAUAAAAGGAAAAAUACAUAAUUCAACCUCAAAAAAAGAAGAAGAAGAAAAAUACACAAUUCGAAAAACAAUAUCUAGUGUGGCCGGGUGAGGAAGGGUUCCGGUGUUUGCACAGUGGACUUGCAAAAGCAUGUAUGAUCAAACCCAGACCAAUGUUAUCUAUCCAAAUUCAAAACUGCUUGUGGGUUUGGUAAAUGGAGUCUAAAUUAUCAUUUCUUGCUUCCUCAAAUGUCUUUUCUUCAUCAUAUUCUACCCCUUUACCAUUUUUCAUCUCAAAUAAACCAAAGCUUUGUGUUUCUGUGAAAUUCCUCAAACAGUCCCAAAUUUGGGGGAGGAAUUUGAGUUUGAGUUUGAGUUUUGUUCCUUCACAGUCACAAGGGAAUGUUAAAUUUGAAACCCCAUUUCAAAUUAGGCCUAUGAGAGUGAGAGCAGCUGUUAAGAGAAGGAAAGAGCUUCCCUUUGAUAAUGUCAUACAGAGGAACAAGAAGCUCAAAUUUGUUCUCAAGGUCAGGAAGAUUCUGAUGAGGCAACCGUAUCGGUUCAUGUCGGUUAAGGACCUGGGUAGGUAUAAAAGAGAAUUGGGUUUGGAUAGGAAGAGGAGAUUGGUUGCUCUGUUGAAGAAAUUCCCUGCUGUGUUUCAGAUUGUGGAAGAAGGGGUUCACUCUCUCAGGUUCAAGAUGACCCCUGAUGCCGAAAGGCUUUAUUUUGAGGAAUUGAGGGUCAGGAAUGAAAUGGAAGAUUUCUUAGUUCUCAAGCUUAGGAAAUUGUUGAUGAUGUCCAUGGAGAAACGGAUAUUGUUGGAGAAAAUAGCACAUCUCAUGACUGAUUUGGGGCUCCCUCUGGACUUUCGUGACACCAUUUGUCGCAGGUACCCUCAAUACUUCAAAGUUGUAGCAACUGAAAGAGGGCCUGCCUUGGAAUUAACACACUGGGAUCCUGAGCUUGCAGUUUCUGCGGCCGAGCUAUCCGCGGAAGAAAAGCGGGCCAGAGAACUAGAAGAACUAAAUUUAAUCAUAGACAGGCCUCCCAAGUUCAAUAGAGUGAAGCUUCCUAAGGGUCUUAAUCUUUCCAAGGGAGAGACAAGGAAGCUAAUGCAAUUCAGGGACUUGGAUUUUAUAUCGCCUUACUCGGAUUUCUCAAUGCUGAGGUUUGGGUCACGGGAGAAAGAGAAGCAUUCUUGUGGAGUUGUUCAUGAGAUUUUGAGCCUCACUCUUGAGAAGAGAACUCUUGUUGAUCACUUGACUCAUUUCCGGGAGGAGUUCAGAUUCCCUGAGCGGCUGAGGGGGAUGUUGAUUCGGCAUCCCGAUAUGUUUUAUGUCUCUCUGAAAGGAGAUACGGAUUCUGUGUUUCUGAGGGAAGGUUAUCGAGAUUCUCAGUUGAUAGAGAAGGACCGAUUGUUACUGAUCAAUGAAAAACUCCGUUCUCUUGUUGAUGUUCCAAGGUUUCCCAAGGGUGCUGCUCGCAGAAGGGUUGGAGAUGGCAUGGAAGGGAAUGAUAGUAGAGAAGAUGCAAGUGGUGAAGAGGAACAAGAAUGGUCAGAUGUUGAUAGUUUCAUGAGUGAUGAUGGAUUUGAUGACAAUGAUGAUGAUGAUAACGAUAUCUGGAGUGAUGAUGAUAACUGGAGUGAUGAAGAUGAUGACGACGAUGAUACAGCUUCAGAUUAUGAUGAUGCAGGAACACUGGAAAUUGGACAAAGAAAGACAAUUAAACAAGUUGAAGGCUCAAGAAAGAAUAAGGAAAAGGUCCUUGCUCCUACAUUACCUGAUGCUUACCCAAGAGAACCGUGGUGAUCUUCACAGGAUUUUUCAAGCUCUGAGUUUCUCGUGAAAAAAAGCAUCCGACUUAAAAUCUUAAUAUGUACUGGCUGAUUUGUGAUGGCUUCAUUAGGCAAUGACUUCAAAAUUAAUCUCGGAAGAACCUUUGUUGACCAUCUACGGACUAUGGUUCCUGAAUUCGCUUUGUUAACAACAAAGAAGCAUAUGUCAUGUCCAAACUGAAACAGGAUGUCCAACGGAGAUUUGGCGACCUUAGAGAGUUGAAUCAGUUGAUGAACUGGAGCUGUAAAGGUCAUGAGAAUUUCAGAAUUGGUAUGAUCAGCAUUUGUCCUCUCACUAACACUGCAAAUCUGCAGUCAAUGAUAUGAUAUAGACCUCAUGAGUUGUGAUAGAGUGCAAGAAAUUUGGCUCUUGUUUAGAUUGCUUUUGGGUGCAUAUUUUACUAUCAAUGGUAAAAUUAUUCUAGACAAUCUUUGCCCAAUAGAGUUCGACCUUUUCCCUCA